GUUAUUUGCUUUUCAAAACCUGCCCGCCAUCUUGCAUGCCGUACGCUUUGGGCAGGUAAACGUUAAUACAUAACAUAAAUAUUGCCAAUCAUUUCGUGUCUGUAUAUAGAAUUUUUUUUGACUCUCGGAACCUACCUUAAUAUAAAGGAUGGACUCUCGCUUUGCUCACCUGUACAAGCGGGACAGCAGUGUGUCUAUGAUCCGGGUGAAGAUGUCCAGACGACGGUCUCAAUCUCAGAAAGCGAACCGAGAGAAGAUCCAGAACCUGCGCAGAAACCUGGACCAUCUGCCGGAGAUCGAGCUCUCAAUGGAUGCAUCCAGCCUCAUGGCCACCCAAGACAAAGCACCAAAAACAAAGGCAGCUAAUGAUGUAAAUGCUGCUGCCGAGGAGAGAAAGAAGAUGCUUGCUCGUUACAAAGAAAACAAGAUGUUGCAGAAGGAGAAGGAAAAGCGGGUCAAAGAGAAGAAAGGCGUGUUUAAGGUCGGCCUUUAUAAGCCACAGCCACUAGGGUAUCUGCCCUUAAACACUGCUGCACAAAGCAGAGCCAACAUCACAGAAACUAACCAGUCCACACGAGUGACCCGCUCAAUGAUGCAGAAUCAAAAGCCAGCAGCAGAAAGACAUGCAGUUCCAAAGAAAGUUGGAAAUGCAUUAACCACCAGAGCUUCAGCCAAGACUAAUUCAAAAUCUGUGACUACCACCAAAACCAGAGCAGCUGCAGUUGAACCAUCUGUAAGAGCUCCAACCACACGAUCAGCUGCUAAAACAUCAGCAGCUGUGGUUAAACCGGUUACUGAUUCUAGGACGGCAAAAACAAGAUCAACCGUUAAAUGUCCUGUAGCGCCCUCUCCAGGCAAAGAGAAAGACAUACAAGGCAACACAAAGGCAUUUAUUGAAAAUAAGACUGCUAAGAAAAAGGACACGGCUGUUGAUUCUUUGAGACCUGAGGAAGAGGAACCCAAAGCUGCUGCCCCCUCAUUUGCCCCUCAGGGAUUCGUGUUCCAGCCUCCUGUUGGUCUAAGCUCGUUCGAGCCUGCACCGCUCUCUCCACAUUCAGCCAGUGCCUUCCUCUCACCGAGCUUCCUUUCUGAUGGCAACGUGGAGCCCACCUUCCCCUCUCCCCCAAAACCUGUUCUCCCUGCUCCUGCCCUCUCCUCCCCUCCACCACUGUCAACUCCUCCACCAGAUCAUCCUGCCAACCCUCCCUCAGUGUCCUGUCCCCCUCCUGCCCCGUCCAGCUCCACAGCACCAUCACCUCCCUUGGCCCUCUUGGAGCCUCAGCAUGAUGUUGCCUAUUUCAGGGCAGUGAUGGCCAGUGAGACUGAGCAUUUGACUGGUCUUUCUGAGCUGUGGGAGUCACGAUUUGAUGAUACUUCUAUCCCAGAGGAGACACGCGACCAGAUGCGUACAGCUGUGGGCCAGGCCAGAUUGUUGAUGAAAGAGCGCUUUGGUCAGUUCAACAGACUGGUGGAUGACUGUGACUUGGGCCGUGGAGAGAAAAUAACAACCUGUACUGACUUGCAGGGCUUCUGGGACAUGGUGUACUUUCAGGUGGAAGAUGUUAACAAGAAAUUUAAUGCCUUGAAAGAGGCGGAAGCAAGGGAGUGGAAAGAGGAAGUCAGGCCUGUUGCCAGAAAAAGAGUGGCCAAAAAGCCUCCUGUUGUGGGAGGGAAGGCUGGAACAGGUGCCUGUGCUGCAGCUAAGAGUCGACUGGCUGCUGUAAAGGCUGCGAUGAGAGCCAAGCAGGCUGAACAGAAAGCCACUGAGACUUCAGACAACAUCCAGGAGGACUCGAGCUCUGUUCCUGCAGCCCCUGCCGUCACACUGCCCGCACAGACCGUUGUGUUUAAUGGAGGCUUCUUCCAGGUGGAAAGUCCAGUCAAGCCAUCAGGUGCUGUUAGAAGAUCGUGUCGAACCAGUGCAGUUUCUUCACCCUGUAUUUCUAAGUUCAGCACUCCAGGCAGGCAGUGCAGAUCUACUGCAGUUUCUCAUGCUUCCCCUCUACCUAGCUUAUCAGCAACACCUCUUCCAAUCCACCAGAGUGAGUUGUUGCCUGCUCUCACUCCUCUCCGUUCUACUGAGGCCCUCCCACAGACACCCAGAGUUCCUCAGAUUAGUCCUGACCACAACCAAAAUGUUUCGCCUGACAUGGACAGCCGCUCCCAGAGCCGUAUUAACUUUGAUUUAAGCUCUUCCUGUACCCAACACACUCAACCAGAUACCAGUAAUGGACCAGAAAACAGUCCAGUAGCCCAAACACAUGACUCGCCCAGCCUGUGUGAUGAGCUACCUGUUGAUUCUUCAGAACCUCAGCAUGAUGAAAACAUUCCAGAGUCUAUGUUCAGUCCUUCUUUCCAAGAGGAACCACAAGAGAACAUUUCUUGUGAAGUCUCUGAAGAGAGUUUGCAUGUCCAGCCUGGAGCAGAUGCUGGUCUAGAUACUCUAUCCCAGGGCUCAUCUCAUAGCUCUUCAGAACCAGUGGAAGCAGAACCCAAUGUCUGUGCACCUGCUUCCCCUAUCCUGAGGCCCUCCACACCAACCAAUGUUCUCAGAGUUUCUGCAGCUCUCUGUAAUGAGGUCAUUAACGGAUCUCCAACCAGUAUGGAUGUUGAAAUGACUGAAAAUCAAGAUGCUGAGUGUUUGGACAUUGAGCGUUACCUGCAGCCAACCGUGAGAUACAGCAUGUCUCUUGCACAGAGUCCUGCAGCAGAGAGGUUCUCUUUUGGGGCAGUGGAUGCUGAGAUGGAGAGUCCGGUGACUCAGGCAGAGGAGCGCCCGCAUGAUGUCUUGGCAACACCUACAGCUUUUUCCAGAAUGGUGUUCUCACCCCAGAUCAGUCCGAUGUCGGAGAAUCUGUUGCUGAUCUCCCCAGAGCGGAAGGAGAAAGUGAGACAGUCAGUGUGUGAACGUGACCUGAUCACAUUCACACCUCCCACGUACAAAUAAAAGCACAUCCACUCACUCUUUGGAUGUGGAUCAUUUUAUUUAAAAUUUUUGGGUUUCUGCUUGAAUGUCUUUAUUGAUUUGUUUGGUUUGUUGUUGAAUUAGACUCAUUUAUGUAAAUGUUUGCUACGGUUUGUACUUCAUAAUGAGCAUAUUUAGAUAUAACAAUAUUUCUGUGCAGUCAGAAAAUAUAUUUUUAAGGAUUUUAAUGUCAAAAGAUUUUGUGAAAACCAAUUAAAUAAGAAAAUGACAUACUA